CCUGUCCCCCCUGUGUGUGUGUGUGUGUUUGGGAGGUUUGGUGCUCAGUCAAACCCGCUUUGCCCACAUCCACCAGCUUUGAUGUUGUGAGGGCUGUGCGCAGGCGCGUCCCCCACCUUGGAAUUACUGCACUGGAGAAGAAUAAGUUGGAUCUUCUCUCUCUUUCUGUCUUCGUUGGGAAAAAAAAACCCUCAGAAAAAAAAAAAUCAUCUGAGAACUUAAGGGAUGAUGAGAGUUCGGAAAAGGGGCUUCUUUAGGGCUUUGUCGUUCCCCUUAUUAGUAGCGAUGGUCUGUGCCCAAAGUGUCAAUGACUCUGGGAAUAUGUCAUUGGUGAAGGAGACGGUGGACAGACUGUUGAAUGGAUAUGACAUCCGUUUGAGGCCAGAUUUUGGAGGUGCUCCUGUAGCUGUUGGGAUGAACAUAGACAUUGCCAGUAUAGAUAUGGUUUCUGAAGUCAAUAUGGAUUAUACCCUGACGAUGUACUUCCAGCAGGCUUGGCGAGACAAGAGACUAUCCUAUUCAGAAAUACCCCUGAACCUGACAUUGGAUAACAGGGUGGCCGAUCAGCUCUGGGUUCCAGAUACAUAUUUCCUGAAUGAUAAAAAAUCUUUUGUGCACGGUGUCACUGUAAAGAACCGAAUGAUACGUUUGCAUCCGGACGGCACAGUUUUAUACGGUCUCAGAAUCACUACGACGGCGGCUUGCAUGAUGGACCUGCGGAGAUACCCGUUAGACGAGCAGAACUGUACACUUGAAAUAGAGAGCUAUGGAUACACUACAGAUGACAUUGAGUUCUACUGGCGUGGAGGUGAUAACGCAGUGACUGGAGUGGAAAAGAUUGAGUUGCCACAGUUUUCUAUUGUUGAUUACCACCUAAUAUCCAAGAACGUUGUUUUUUCUACAGGUUCUUACCCUAGGCUCUCCCUCAGUUUCAAGCUCAAAAGAAACAUUGGCUACUUCAUCCUGCAAACCUACAUGCCCUCGAUACUGAUCACCAUCCUCUCGUGGGUGUCUUUCUGGAUUAAUUACGAUGCUUCUGCUGCACGAGUUGCUUUAGGUAUUACAACGGUGCUUACUAUGACCACAAUCAACACCCAUUUACGAGAAACCCUUCCAAAAAUCCCCUAUGUCAAAGCCAUUGACAUGUACUUGAUGGGCUGUUUUGUAUUCGUGUUCCUGGCCCUGCUGGAGUAUGCCCUGGUGAACUAUAUCUUUUUUGGGAGAGGGCCACAACGCCAGAAGAAGAUAGCGGAGAAGACAGCGAGUGCCAACAAUGAGAAAAUGAGAGCAGAAGCUAAGAGUUGUCAUCCUUUUCAUUCCCAGAUGGAUCCACACGAAAACAUUCUGCUGAGCACGCUUGAAAUUAAGAACGAGAUGAGCGCGGCCGAGAUGACGAUGGGGAUCACCGAUCCCAGGAGCACCAUGAUGCCGUACGACACGUCCGGGAUCCAGUACAGGAAGUCAGGAUUGUCCAGGCACGGCUUUGGCAGGAGCGCUUUGGAAAGACACGUGGCCCAAAAGAAGAGCCGGCUAAGGAGGCGCGCUUCGCAGUUGAAAAUCAACAUACCUGAUUUGACUGAUGUGAACGCCAUUGACAAGUGGUCACGGAUGAUCUUUCCCCUCGUUUUUGGGUUCUUCAAUGUGGUCUACUGGCUCUAUUAUGUCAAUUAAGCUGAAGAAUGUGCACAGACAGUGUCUUUCCACAAAAAAAAUUAUUUGUUUCGCAGCAAAAGUGGAACCUUCGUUUUGAAACUGAGAUUGUUCAGGACAAAAUUUUGCAUGCACUUUAACUCCUUAAUGGCUGGCUCGAUUUGGACUCUUCAUUGGUUCUGUUUCCGUUUUUAUUGAUACUCAUUUGGGCUGAUAGUUCCAUCUCUUACGCUUGAUACAUUGUGGAGGUUUUUUUUGUUUACUUUAUAUAUAAAAAAAAGAUGUUGCACAGAAGCAGAUGACACCACCAUCACAUCAAAAUAUACCAUUAGUUUAAAAAGAUCAUGGUUUAGAAUGGAGCAGCUGACGCCAAUAUUUAGUUGUUAUUUUACAUUAUAAGGCAAAUAUUUCGUCUUUCAGUUAAUUAUUGGUGAGUAAAUGUGUUUACUCCAGGCCAGCAUUUCCUUUCUUUUAAGCAUCUAGGAGUCACCAUAUAUUCAACUUUCCAAUGACUCUGCAUGCAGGGCGAUUGACAUCAGUUAUUAACGUAGACAAAGGAGUGUAGCUGUGUCCCACUGAAGAUACUGUGACCCACAAUUUAGAACAGACCAGCAAAGUUACUAACAAUAGAACUGGAACUGCAAUCCCCCCUUUUUCCCUGUAGCAGACCACGUAAAAGCUCAUCGAAUUGAGCCUCUAUAUCGAUCUGACAUCUGGACAUGUAUUUCUGGGCAUUUCAAUUGAUACAGUGUCAAUGAUCACAUAUGCCAUGUCUGUAGAAUCGAUGAUUAAUUCAUACAACUAAACUAACAAGUGGGAUUUUUCUAUACUGACUACGAAAGGGCAGGAAAACCAGCCAAUGUCUGCAAUCAAGUUGCAAAUUCCUUCUCUUACGCAGUGGGAUUGAAAUUCAUGCAAGCCUCUUGGCGAGCAAAGUCUGUGACUCUCUAUCAGAUUUUAAAUAUUGCAAGUCUGAUCGAUUACUUUUCAAUAUCAUUUGGAGAUCCUCAUUGUAACAGACGGUGUCUAAUUCAGUCCUCACCUCGUGAAAGCAGUAUUCUAAUUUGCUAUGUUUCUACAAUGUGGAGAUGAUCAAAAGAACACUAUAACAAUGUCCAACAGCGAUGGAAAGCGGGGUAAAUGAAUUUGCUCACGUAUAGAAUCGUGUGACUCAAGGUAGAAGCUUUGGAGUGAGCUGACAAAUAUACAGGGAGCCUAUCUGAUCACCAGUUUUAGAAAACGAAACACAUUUUUUAAUUUCAAUCCUAAUGUACAGUAUUUAAGCAUCAAUAGGACUUACAUUCCAACAGCAUUCUCUAUUCUGGGUUGAAAAACAAUGUCUCCUUAGAAUCACAUCAACUUUAUUUUUUUGUAAUUUUUAACAUGUGCCAAAUUAUUGUUCUCUUUGUUUAAUUAAAACGCACACUUUGUAUUUAUUGAGUUGCAGAUCAUGUUUCUAUUGUGGCUUUGGCCACUAUUUUCCUUCUUCCUACAAAGCCCUGUAUAACUUGCUAGCUGUAAUCUGCAACUACAAUCACAGGGUUGGAAUCAGUGUUAAGUUACUUGAAUUGUUUAAACUUAAGUAUGUCCCAUUGAAAAGGGAUAGAAAGGUAAUGUAUUUCCCAUUAUUGUGGAAUAGUUGUAAAGGGAGCACUUUCAGUUUCAUACGUUUACAUAUCUCUUAAACAUAGGCCUCCAGGAGGCUGAGCAAAAGUUAUAUAUUGAUUUUAAAUGUUGUAAAUUUAUAUGUUGUAAAUUACUAGUAUAUUU